CUUUGAGCCCGCGGAUUGAUGAAAUCGCUCGACUGUUUGUUACGAUUGCGAUUUGUUGUCAUAUUAGAUAAUUUUUGUUAAAAAUUACUAUAAUUAACCUAGCUCGUUAAGGUAACACCCAUCCCGGCGCCUGGGACGUGCGAGGUCGCGGUCGAAGGAAUUGUGCGGAACGGAACCGUUCGUCGUCGUCGCCGCAAGGAGGACGACCUUACCGAUGCAGUAGAGCACAGCAGCACCAGCUCCAAGAGCAGUGUUCCCCGUUUUGCCAAGCCCAACAAGAAGGUAGUGCUGCUGGUACUGCUGGUGAGCCAAGGAAAAAUCCUGUGCGUGCGUGCACAGAGUCGCGAGGUCCCUCGACGUGUACUAUGACAAUGUCGAGACAGUGCUGCUGCUGACGAAUGCUGACGACCUCCCCUGAAACCCCAAAACCUCAGCUGGGCCAGAUCCUGGAAUCGCCUGGAUGGCUGAAUUUGGCCAGCAAACGUAGUCCCAGCAGCUAGAACGGGGUUGUGCAGAGCAGUGUUGGCAGUGUGAGUUCAAGAUGUGCAUUGUUUGAGAAAGGUCCCGGAUUGGCCAAGUGAAACGGAAUAUUUUUGGGGCGCACGAGAAGAAAAUUCCAUGGGGCGACGAUACCCGUCACUAGUGAAGGCCAGAAUGGUUACAAAUUCCCCGUCCUCCUCAUCCUCCUCCUCCCAAGUGAUGCUGCCAAAGUGAGUGAAUCUCGAGGAAGCUCUACCCCCGGAAAAGAAAAUAAAAAAAAGUCAGAAAACAGUGAAAUUUAGUGUUUCCAAAGUGAGCAGACCCUACCUAGACAUUGUGGAUAUCCAGCAGUUCCCCCCCCACCAAAAAAUUCAACAAAUGCCGACGAUCUAAAUGGCCACCGGCGAAGGAGCACCACCACCAGCAGCACCACGCUAGAGCACCAGGAAGACCAAACCAGCCCGGAACUGAGCUGAGCUAGGUGAAGCCGACCGACCGACCGGAAACGCACCGAGCAAAAUCCGGAAAGAGAGACGUAAUUGCAUUUGAUGAGUUUUAAUGAAUUCGAGCCGAGUCGAGCGAAACGAAGUGCAUCAAGGCAGAAGCAGCCAAAGCAAAAGCAAAGUUGAACGAAGAAAGUGACUGUGCGCGAGCGUUCCGAGUGCAGAUGACGCACGGGGCAGAAGCAGAAUCGUCGUCGUCGACUUCCCGGGAAGAAGCGAACGAGAACGACUCGGUUUGAGAGGGCGAAAUUGUUUCGCAAGUGUCCGUUAGCGAGUGGGGAGAGAGAAAAGUGGAUAAAAAGUGAAAGAAGAAACAGAAGUGAGGGCGCAAAACAAAGGCAUUCGUGGGAGAAACAAAAGAAGCCACAGAGCAAAGCGGGAGCAGCACAGGAAGAACAAAAGGUGAAUCAGAAACUGAAGUGUCUGUGUGAGAGUGUGUAACGCUCAGCGCACACAACGACGACGACGAGUUGACGGGUUUGAUGGGAACUGAACUGCUGCCCUCUUCAGCGACGGGACGUGCCUCCGGAAGGCAACCACGAGUUUACGGUGAAGCGGGAUAGUGUUUGUACCACCACUCCCCUAUAGCGCACACCCCAACAUCACCUGUAAAAUAGUCUCCUCUUGCAUCCUAUUUGUACGCGAUAACGAUUGCAGAUUACCACAAUAACAACAAAUAAUAAAUAAAGUAAAAAAAAUAAAAUAUUGAUACUAGCGCUUCUCGACGAAGAUUUUAGCGUGUUAGUCUAGUUAAUGAGUAUAUUAUCUAAUUCAUGUAAAUGGCUUUAAAUCUCGACGUUUGACGCGUGUGUGUAAGUGUAUGUUAACCACAAGAAAUAAUGCAUAAAAUUAAACCUACAGUUCAAUCACAGUGCACUCGUAAACAGUAAACAAAGGUAGAGAGCUCCUUUCGGUCCUUUCGGUUGAGGGCCCAUCCCCAACAACCUCCAACGACAUCAACGACGACGAAUACAAAGGUAGUGUGUGAGCAGGGUGCGUGUGUGUUAGGCAGAAGGACUAGGGUGUCCGUCAAGUGAAUUUAGACCACACACACGUUUACACACCACGAGCCAAGAACGAUUCUCAAGGACGGCGCCCCCUAAAGGUGCCAAAGGUGCCGCCUUCUUACGGAAGGGGGCUCCGCAGGGGCGCUAGGCUGCCAGCUGCAGGCGAUGCACCGAUUUGCGGAUCGACCGGGUGGACCUGGCCUAAGAUGGGGAGCGUGCUACUCACGGCUGUGUUCAUAGCGUUAAAUUUUGCUACCGGCCUGGCCAACCCAGAUUCGAAGCGUUUGUAUGACGACCUGCUGAGCAACUACAACCGACUGAUACGGCCCGUGGGCAACAACUCCGAUCGACUAACGGUGAAAAUGGGACUGCGACUGUCACAGCUCAUCGACGUGAACCUUAAAAAUCAAAUCAUGACGACUAACGUGUGGGUAGAACAGGAAUGGAACGACUACAAGCUGAAAUGGAAUCCGGAUGACUACGGCGGAGUGGACAUGCUCCACGUGCCAUCGGAACACAUUUGGCUGCCAGAUAUUGUGCUGUAUAAUAAUGCGGACGGUAACUACGAGGUGACAAUAAUGACAAAAGCAAUUUUACAUCAUACGGGUAAAGUAGUAUGGAAACCACCUGCCAUUUAUAAAUCAUUUUGUGAGAUCGAUGUUGAGUACUUUCCGUUUGACGAGCAAACGUGCUUCAUGAAGUUCGGAUCCUGGACGUACGACGGCUACAUGGUGGAUUUACGCCAUCUCCAGCAGACGCCAGACUCGGACAACAUCGCCGUCGGCAUCGAUCUGCAGGAUUACUAUAUAUCAGUUGAAUGGGACAUUAUGAAGGUGCCUGCCGUUAGAAAUGAAAAAUUUUAUAGUUGUUGUGAAGAACCAUAUCCGGAUAUUAUCUUUAAUAUAACGUUAAGACGAAAGACACUUUUCUACACCGUGAACUUGAUCAUACCUUGUGUUGGGAUAUCGUUUCUCUCCGUGCUAGUGUUUUAUUUGCCCAGUGACUCCGGCGAAAAGAUAUCAUUAUGUAUAAGUAUAUUGCUGUCACUCACUGUGUUUUUUCUACUGCUGGCUGAAAUCAUUCCACCAACGUCACUAACGGUUCCACUGCUAGGCAAAUACUUAUUAUUCACGAUGAUGCUAGUCACAUUGUCCGUAGUUGUUACCAUCGCCGUACUGAACGUUAAUUUUAGGUCACCCGUUACGCACAAAAUGGCACCAUGGGUGCAUCGAGUUUUUAUAGAUCUAUUACCUAGGGUGUUAUGCAUACAGAGGCCAAAGAAAGACGACGAACCAUCCGAGAACGAGGAACUGCCGCCGGAGGUCCUUACGGACGUGUUCCAGGUGCCGCCGGACGUGGAAAAGUACGUCGGCUACUGCGGGAAGCAGUACAGCACGGAUUUCGACAUUCCUGCACUGCCACCGUCACGUUUCGACGUGGCCGCAUCGGGCGGGGUGGGGCCAUGUUUUGGCGAGCCCCCGCUACCAGCACUGCCAUUACCGGGCGGGGACGACGACCUGUUCAGUCCGACCGGCAACGGGGACAUGAGUCCGAACUGCUGCGGCGACCUCAGCCCGACGUUCGAGAAGCCGAUGCUGCGCGAGAUGGAGAAAACGAUAGAGGCGUCGCGGUUCGUUGCUCAACACGUUAGAAAUAAGGACAAAUUCGAGAGUAUAGAAGAAGACUGGAAAUACGUAGCACUCGUCCUAGAUCGUCUGUUCCUGUGGAUCUUCACGAUAGCGUGCGUGGUGGGCACCUGUCUGAUCAUCCUGCAGGCGCCCAGCCUGUACGACAACACCCAACCGAUCGACGCGAUGUACUCCAAGAUCGCCAAGAAGAAGAUGGAGCUGCUCAAAAUGGGCAGCGAGAACGUAUAGCAUCCGCCUGGGUUCGCAUCCGCCGUUUGGAAGUAUAUUCUGAACUGGAUGCGAACCCUGGUCAACGAGGACGACCACUAGGCAAAAAACGAAAAGAUCCUCACCACAAACACACUCACCGUAGUGUCCCAAAAUCCGAAGAAAACGAAACGAAACAAACGAACAAAACGAACGAACGAACGAAACAUCACAACACACAAACACUUACUAGUAGAAGAAAGAAACAAAUCUCACACAAUCUCACAAUGCUCACAGAGAGAACAACAAUAGACAACCAAAGUAAUGCCAAAGUUACUCCACACACCCACACAUGCACGUGUCCCGGAGUUGCAUCGAACACGUGGAUCGUCGUCGUCAGCCGGAACCACGUGAGUCAACGCUGCAUCUGAUUGUUCGUUUAGUGUUUUCUGUUUUGAUUUUGGUUUGCUCGAGAGGAAAGAAUGUCAAUAACAAUCAAAUUAAUGUUAAUACCGUGUAACAAAGUGUAGUUUUUAAUACAGCAGAAAAAGAGCAGAGGAAAAAACGAGGGAAGGGAAAACUUUUUUAUACGACAAACCCGUGCGGAGAAGAAGGUUGAAGGUUCCAGUUUUGUUUUUUCGAGGGCGUGGUAAACGCCCCAAACUGAAACUGAAACGUUGUUGUUGGUGUAAAUAGCGCGGAAAUGAGGGGGGCAUUUGUGGGAGUGAACAAUAAGCAAGGAAGAAAAUACGAGUGCAAUGUGAUUGACGUACUAACAGAGCAAAACCAGAACUUAAAGAACGUAGCGUAAUUUGUUGAUGCAGCAGAAAAAGUUGGAGUAACUUGAUGUAAAUAGUUGAAUUUUGUUGAAGAUAAUCCUAGUGGAAUUUGGUAAGCUAAACAGUAAGAUGAUGCUGGAGAACAACAAAAAAAACUUGAAAUAGUUGAUAUUUUUUUAUAACACAGAUGUGGGAGGGUGAAUUGAAAUGAUAGUUAUUUUUAAGUAAAUAGAAAGCAAAUUAAAAAUAAAAACGUCAUUUAGUUAGCGAUUAAAUUUGCAAACCUUUUUAUACACUCAGAAGCAUAGGAGAAUUGAAGUUUGUUUAUUUACCGCCAGACGCGAAUUGUGACGUUCAUGAGAAUAUAUUUUCAAAAGAGACUUUGUUGUGUUCAAACAAGAUCCCAGUGUGGAAGCAAAAUCUUUCAAAGCUGUUUUGCGAUGCAAAACAAAGAGCAAAAACUACGGCAGCAUCUCAAACACUAUCUUUUUUCGGAAUUGCGAAGCAAAAAAAAAACAAACAAAAAAAAACUAGCAAAAACCGUAUGACAUCUUCCUAACACUCUAAUCGUACAGAUAAAAGUGAGGCAAAAGCGCAGACUUUGAGCAAAGCAAAACUGGCAGCAGCGCGAUAGACAGCAGAGAGAGAAAGAAGGAGGGAGAAGGAGAAAACGAAGGAAGGAGUAAAAGAACAAUCAGCAUGCACCGGUCUGAUAAUGAAGUGUCUUAUCUACAGGAAAUUCUACCAAAAUUCCCAAUAACAUUGAAUGCUAAAAUUACUGCAGCAAAACAAACAAAAAAAAAGAAAAAGGCAAGGAUGCAAAACAAAUCCAGUGAGAGCAACCGAAACGCGUUGGUUUAGUAAAAAUCUUGCAUUUUUUGAAGAGCUCGGCGAAAGCGACUGGCAGUGACAGAAGUAGCCAACUUUCAACAAAUAAAAAGUAAAUCAAACGAAAAACUUCCUAAAAUCACUAGAUAAAAGAGUAAAUAACAGAAAGAAGGCAAAAAAAAUCGUGUAUGCAUUUUAUAUGACACAAUAUUAUUGGAGGAUAAGACAACAUUUUCGUAAACUAUAGGUGUAUAUGUAGUUAGUUUUUAUAUCAUUGAAUGAAUUGAAGUUACAUUAAACGAGAGGCAAGGUGGUAAUAAGCAAGUAUCAACUAGCGCAGUGAAAAAAAUACACGCAGCAGAAACGUAGUUAAUAAAAACAAACAGUGAAUUUACUCGUAUUAACACAAAAGAAAAAAACCUACCCACAAAUUCAUCAACACACACACACACACUCAAACAGAGGAGAAAUCUCAACGACCUUAUAGGACGGUUCGAUGAUUCUAGCAACACAACACACACACAAACAUGAACAAACAAAACAAAUUGUCGCUCACUUCUCGUGUAAAGUCUCUUGCAUAAGUAGGAAGUGGUAACGCGCGGUAAGUUUUUAGUAAACAAAACAAAACACAUGUUUUCCAACAAAAACCAAAAAAAAAGUCAGAAAACACUUUGAUCUUUCGUGAUCGGAGAAUCUACAACAAAGGACAGCAACUUCUCAUAGUUAACAAAAACACUCACACACACACACACACACACACACACACACACACACACACACACACACACACACACAUGUUAGUCCACUUAUAGCUUAAAAAUGAUACUUCGAACUAGACAGCGGUUUUGUUUUGAUGAUUUGUAAAUAUUAAUUGGAUUAGUUUUGUUAACUGUUUCAGCGUUUCAACCCUCUGUUUUAUUUUCCUUAAGAAUUUAAACAAAACAGUUGGAAUUACCACUAAAACACUACCUUUACGUUAUCAAACAAAGGGAUAAACCUGCGAAAUCGAAACAAAACAAAACUGCCCGAAAUGUUAUGGACUUUAUUUGUUUGAACAAACAUUGUUAAAAUUUAUCAAAAGGUAGCAUUGAGUUUGCGAAGCGAAAUGUGAGUUAAUGUUUAGGGAAUUUUUAAAUAAGAUUAAGUUAUCAGGUGUUAAAUUCAAGUGUUAUUCGGUUCAAAGAUCACAAAUUACUCACUCAUCGUUGAACGAAUAUUUGCCGAUUGGAGCCCGCAACUAUUCGAGAGUGAACACGACUCGCUAGCUGCCAGUGUAUUGAUUACUUCACUUAGCGAAACAAAUAUUUCGUGAAUUUCUUUGCCUACUUCGUUCGUCGACCCGAGUCACACACGAAUAUGCUCAGAGAGGAGAGAAUAUAACAAAAUGCCAGCGCGGCGCUCUUUUGACCUGCGCUACCACAGUUUGCCGUCAAUUAUAAUUUGGCUUGGUGGAAAUUGAUGCCAAAUGUGUCUUUGACGUCGUGUAAACAACAAAAUUAUAAAAUAUUGUUGAUAUCAUUGUUAUUUAACUAAUUUCUGUAACGAUCAAAGCAAAGCCGAUCGCAGACUAUUUUGGGUCAGCUUUGAGCGACAAAGCGCAACCGGUUUCUUUGAGCCAUUCGUCGCACUAUCCGAUUGGAGUGAGAGCGAGAGCAAAAGAGAGUUAAAAAAAAACUUCAUCAUCCCGGUACGAGAAUCGAACUCACGACCACUGGAUUGGACAUCGAGCACGCCGCUAGUCGAAACUCAUCCCCUACCGGUCAGGAUUCCCAGUGAGUAGAAUUACUCUUUGAAGAGAUCUGACUUUGCUGAGCCAGACAGGAACCGAACCCGUCGCCUUCCGCUUACAAAUCUUUUUACAUUUUUUUGUUUUAUCAAUAUUGAUAUAAUAUUGAGAAAGUAGUUGUAUUUGGGUUAAUUUUAAAAAGGGAUUUUAAGGUAAAACAUGUCCUUCCCAAAGCAUAUUAAAAAUAUAGCAAAAAUUUGUUGUUAAUAGUUAGGAUUGUAUAUUCAAUGCCUUGAAAACAGAUUUAAAAAAACUUAAAAUUGUGAGCAUACCAACACUUGACAAAACUUAUCUGUUGUAUGAAAUGUUUAGAAGAUCUGGCAACAUUGUCGUGAGAUUUUAACACUCGAUAUUUAUUGAUCAAAAGAUUUUUUCGCCGGAUCAAAAUGGCUUUGGGUAAACUGACUUCAAUUUUAUAUUUUGCUAUGGAAAAUAUAAGAUAUUCUGCAAAUCUGGAAACUCAACCAAGAGAUAAAGAUAUUUCUCGAAAAAAAGUCUUUUAUCAGUGAAAAUUAAGUAAAUCAUUUCCAGUUUCAAGGAGAAAUCUAGAGUUUUAUUUGAAAAGGUUCUAUAAGCUAUGGGAAUACCAAAUAUAUUUAAGAGUAUCGAACCUGACAUUUUCAAAGAGAAUUCAAAAACGGAAUUGAAAAUUUAAAAAAUGAAGAUUUGGCAACACUAUCUCAAGCUGUGGCCACUAAGUGAAAUUUAUUUACUGUUCUGAAGCCAGAUCUCACUUAUCUUAAAGCAAUCUAUGUCCAGAUCCAUUAUCCGAACUAUCGUUGAAAAACGGGCUUCUUAUUGAGUCAAAAAAAAACUGGCAACCCUGUCUCAAGUUAUGACCACUUAAUUUUAUCUAUUGACUUUUUUGAAACCGGAGAAAAACUAUUCCGUUAUAGAUUUUUAUUCAUCAAGAAAUUUGAUUUAUACUUACUAUCAAAAAAAUUCAAAAACUCAAUGCUACUUUAAGCUUAUGAUUUGUUUUCUCUCUUUCACUAAAGUAAAUAAAAUUUUAAAAAACCUUGUUUGCGCGUACAGAAAACUUCAAAAUGACAUUAACCCAUUUUUAUACAAAAAAAAAAUCACUAACAAAAACUGCGAAAAAAUAAACUCUGUACAUAGGAAAACAAAAGAAAUGCAAAGCAAGUAUCAACAUUCAAAGUAACUGUACACUAAAUCACAUUGACGAGUGUUACUUACGUUGGUAAGAAGUUUUUAAUUAUUUUCGUACGAAAAUGCAGAAAAUCUAACCAAAAAAAAAAAAAACGAUGAUUGAAUUACGAAAUCGCGAAGCGUGAUCAAAAAAUCAUUAUAAAAGCCAAGGGGGUAUUUAAACUAACUAAAUGGUUAAAUAGAAUGAAACUAAACUAAAGCCAAACCAUAACGCUACUCAACCGAGACAAACAAACACACACAACAUUUAAAAUGUGCUCAAAGUUAACAUGUACAGAAGACGAAUGAAUUGGUUUGUGUAAACAUAUAGUUAAAAGUAACGACAACAACAACAUUAUCGCAUCUGCCCGCACGAAGCUCGGCUGAGUUUAUUUUUUAAACACUGAGAAAACAAAAAAAAAAAGAGUUGCGAAAUUUACACAUGAACGCAAAAACGAAAGAUUUCAAACUACACAGACACACACCAACACAAACAAAACACUAACACUGCACUUGUUUUGUGUGCCGUGCAAAUUACGCAAUAAUGUCUUGUUGAGUUUGGCCCAUCGUUGGUUUUUUGUUUUCUGUUUUAGCUUAGACAAUCUCAGUAAAGCGUAUUUGGUUUGUUGCAAGUUUUGUGCAUUUUGAUGCAGUCAAAAUUGAAAAAAAGACGAGAGUUUAUAAAGCACAGUAAAAAAAUCAAUUGAUUCGUCCACGAUAUUAAACAAAAACAUUAUAAACAAUAAACGUAAACUUAAUGUGACAGAAAGUGUUAAGGGAAAGGUUAAACGCAUUGUUAAGUCUAUCUUUAAUUAUACCAUUUGUUCGAUAAGUGUGUGUGUGUGAAUUGCAUUAUGGCUCAGUAAGUUAUCGAUAAUAUUUAUCGUCACUAACAGGGUGUUGAUCACCGGUAUUUUCGGAAUUUGUUGAAAUGUGAAAAUCUCCAGUGUGCGGUUGCUUCGACUGUGAACGAACAGUUUAUGAUUUAUUCAUAUGUUAUUAAAAUAAAUAUCCCCCUUCUCCCACUCCUGUCCACCCAAUUUCCCUGUUCCUUUUCAAGCAGUUAAAACAAAAUGGCAGCAAAAAAUGGCGAAAAGCAUCGAUCGAUAAGAGUUUUUUUUUUGGUAAAAAAUGUUAAGUCCAUUACUCACAAACACACACACUCACGCGCAAGCCACAGAACAAUUAAAAAUACUGAACGAGGCGAAAAGUAAGCACACAUAUUGUGUCGUAUGAUAAAAUCGCAUUUAAAAUUAAUUACACGAAGAUGAAAACAACAGCAAAAUACAACGAAUGUACAUUUUUGUAACCUUUUCUCGGUGCACCG